AUGAAUAGUUAUCUCAUUCAUACAUCCCUUCCUCAAGACUUUGUCUACUCAACAUCUGAAUACAUGGUACCAAGCAACAAGUUUACUGUCGACGACGUCGAACCACCCAUGACUGGCUAUAUGCCAUGUACAACUGGAUCCAUGGAUCCAUUGAAUGUAUCAGCAGCGCCACUACCACCACAAACGCUUCCACCGAGCAAUGCCGAUUUCUUUAUGGCACCUCCUCUUGAAAUGACAUGGCCACUCUCUGCAACCGGAACGAGACCCGAGGCACUGCCAAUGCAAGCGUAUAGUUACUAUCACGAGACUUCUCUUAACAAUAGCAUCCCAAACCUUGGGGCAACACAAGCACCUUAUGCUGUAAGCAGCAAUAGCAUGAUGGCGCCUCCUCUACCACAACAAGCACCUCACCCCUCAAUGCUACCCACUACUACAACACAUGUUCACGUUGCUGGUACACCUGCUAUUGCCAACUGUGUUGGUGGCAAGUUCCGAUGCCGAUGGCUUCAUUGCCAAGUACGCACGUCCACUAUUGAAGAACUUACCAUCCAUAUUCGUGAUGAUCAUGUGGGCAGUGGUAAACCAGCUUAUUUUUGUUAUUGGGCUGGUUGUCCUCGUAGUCGUAAACCUUUUACUAAGCGACACAAGAUGCACAACCAUAUGCGUACACACACAGGCGAACGACCUUUCCAAUGCCAUAUCCAAGGAUGUGGCAAACGUUUCUCAAGACCAGAUUCGCUGAGUACGCACAUCAAGACGCAUUCCAAUAUCCGCCCCUACCACUGUAAUGUCCCUGGCUGUGGUAAAUCUUACUUCCAUUCCAGGUCAUUACGAAAACAUACACGCUCUCAUCAAGAAGCUGCUGCUGCUGCUGCUACUACUAUUACCACUACCACCAACAACAAAUUGGCUUCAUCAUCAUCUCCUUCUUCUUCAUCCUUAUCAUCAUCUCCUUCAGUAUCUACUCCCGCCAUUGGAUCCUAUGUUGUACCAUCAAGGACUUCGGAGAUGCACUUUGCCUUACCAACAACAACAACAUCCAAAGCAACAUCCAACAAUGCCACCACAACGCUUCCAUUGCAUACACUUCAUUGA